UUUACACCUUGAAGGUGUACCGACGCAAAUAUGAAGGAAGUCGCCGGUACAGGGGUGAAAAGAAUGUAUUUAUUUGCUGUACUAACUCUUUUUUCUUUCGUAAAGACUGUAUGUACAGGUACUCACUCCCUAUGGUACUUCAUUACGCUUACCGUGGGGCCCAGCCCGUUCCCGGAGAUGGUCAUCGUUGGCAUGGUGGACGACGUUCUGGUGGAGUACUACGAUAGCGAAGACAGGAUGAUGCUGUCGCGAUGGGACCGGCACCAGGAGCAGGUCGACGUUUCGUACGCAGAUAUGAAGUACUUGGCAAUCGCGCACGCCGCUUACAGCCUCAAAACCAAACUCCAUAACAUGAAGGAGUAUUUUAAUCACAGCGUUGCACUCCACACAUACCAGAGAAUCGCCGGGUGUGAGCUGGAUGACGACGGCACAGAGAGGUUCCAUGCGAAGGACUGUUACAAUGGGAAGGACGUGCUCUUCUACGAUGUGAAGUCCUACAGGUGGAGUUCCCUCAUCCCAGGACUGGUGAAGGACCACUGGCUGAUGGAAUCCUACAAGGGGCUGUUUUAUCACCUGUACCAACCCAUGUGCAUAAGCACUUUGAAAAGCUACCUUCACAAGGAGAAGAGCAUUCUAAAAAAGAUAGUGCGUCCCAGGAUCACAGUGUUGCCUUUGAAAAGGUACAGCGGGGGUGGCGAGGGUGAAGUUACCUGCCUGGCCACGGGCUUCUACCCCCGACACAUUGAGCCAACCAUGCAGAAAGAUGGCCUACCCGUCCCAGACAAGGAGCUGAUCAGGGGAGCCCCCCUGCCCAACGGAGACGGGACGUACCAGCUGAGGUGGAGCCUCAUCAUCAGCCACGGGGAGAUGAAAGAGAGACAUCGCUACACCUGCACUGUCAGGCACAUCAGCGUAGACAACAAGCUGGAUAUCACAUGGGAGUCCUAUCCAGGCCCAGGUGCCGCGCUGAUCUCCGGAGUGUCACUCGCCAUUCUGAGUGCAACUCUGCUCGCCAUUGGUACCUUCUUCCUGUGCAAGAUGAGGCGAAGAGGUGAGCCAGGAUGCAAUGGGAAUGUGCAGGUGGCGGAGAUGGAGAAGAUCAACAGCGCUACAGAAGCCAAGGAAGGAGACAUUGAGGCAUAGAGAGAGAGAAGAAGAGAGGAAGACAGCUGGAAUCACAUUCUCUGGGAAAGAACUGUGAACAGAAGAUGGACUUUCCCCCAUCAACACCUCCAUUUUUUGCAUGCAUAUAAUUGUUAUUGUGAUUAUCAAUUUACUUGGCAAGUACCCUUGUCCAAACUUAUUUUUAUAGUUUACAUUUCAUUCAUUUUAUAUUCAUAUAGCUAUAUACCAUGUCAGUUCAGGUUAAGGUCCUUAUUCAUGGGCAGAGCAGUGCCUGUGGAUUAAAACCUGGUCAUAUUAAGUAUUAAUCUCUGCAAUCCUGUUUUCAGACACUGCCCUUUAAAACUGUCUUGAGUUUCCAGUUAAGGUUGAGUAAUACAUCAAGAGAAAACCUCCCCUUUAACCUAACAUGCUUGAGGUAAAGAGCAGCAAUGCAUGAUGUUAUGUACCCUAGGAUGACAUGCAUUCUCAGUUGUAGGUAUUUGAAAAACCUGAGUUACAGUAUGAGGAAAUGGAAAACUUUAACCACGGCCCUCUGCUGACUGACUUGUGCAAGUGCAUCUAGUUUUCCAGAAGAGGCAAGUUUGUCUGCUAUAAGUGAGUCGUGUAUUCACUGUUUCCCAAAGGCCAGAUCUGAUUAUGACCUUUCUUGCAUUGUUGCGUUAUUACAUAACAAUUUGUAUGAGCUCUGGACGUGCCCAGGGCCACGUACAUGUUACAUAUUACUGGAUGUUUUUCUUGAAACAGAAGGGGCCAGCAGCAGUGCCUCACCACAGUUACAGAGCCAAUAACCACUACAACAUACCACUGCUUGACUUGUCCUGCGUUGGCUGGGUGUGCUCCAGCGGACAAAAUGAUGCCAAGAAUUUGCCGUAUUGUCCUUUGCACCAUGAAUGGGGUUGAUUGAUUUGCGACUGUCAACUCAUUUCAGCAGCAUCCCGCUAUUAGGUGACCCUAAGCCAUUAGCGACCUUUACUGUCAGCUAGUUUAAACCUUGAGGAGAUGGUUUCAAACACAAUGAGAAUGUCAGGGGAUCUGCCUUCAGUGAUCAAUAUGGAAUUUAUAGAAACAAGUAGAUUUAUAGAAACAUUGGACGAGAAGAUAAAGAUAGAUUUACUCAUUGAUUUUCACAUCAAAUUAGCAACCAUGUUUGCUAUUUUUAAGACUCCUAGGGUCUGCAGUAGAAUGACAAUGUGAAAUUGCAUAUUGUACCAUUAGCUUGGUCAUUUCAUUUAUUUUAAGAUGUAUUUAUAAAUGUUUUUUUUUCUGUAUACUGUUUAUUCAGACUAAAUUUCACUUUUACAUUAAAGUGAAAUCUUGUAAAUAUCACAACACAACAGUUAACGCUGCAUGGGAUGUUUAUUUAUGUCUAACAGCACAACAUGAAUCUGUUUUUGUUUUAGCUGUAAUUGUGAAAU